CAAGAAAUCGGCUUGCUGCUGCUAGAAAAGGAAUGGAGAAUGUUGCUUUAAACUAAGAAAGGGCAGUUAUGAAGUCUUAAUCUAAGAAACAAGUCAGAAAACUGUUAAUUUUAAAUGCGUUUUUUCUUUGUUCCGCGCAUGAGCGCCGACAUCUUGAAUAUUUUGACGGGAUAAUGAGCAAUACGCCAUAUCCCUCUGAAGAAUAAUUGAUUUUUGGCAUGUUCAUUAUGCUUUUUGUUGAGAAAUUUUCGUCGAUUUUUAUUCGCGAACGGUCAAAUAUGUAACUGUAGUGCAGAACUACCAGAUAUCUGUAUAGGAAAAUAAUUCCUUGUUUUACCGCGAGGACCUAUAUUGUGUAUUGAUUACUUGUGUUUGGAUUUGUACUCUACCGCUGUGUGUACUACUCGGCUGUGCGGCAGUCGACUGAGCGAUAGAAUUUUCCUUUCAAGUUAUCGUGGAUUUCCCCUGCGUGACCAACAAGGUGGGAUGUUUUGACUAUCGCGUUUGUUGUCACCGGUUUACGGAUCACCUGAAGCAGCGUUUACUACUAGAAAACAGCGUAAGAAUCCGUUUAGUGAACAGAAAUGGCUAAAAAUCCAAACAAAGACCUUCGCCGUUAUGAACAGGAAAAACGAGAGUUCAUUGAUGGCCUCAGAAAUUUUCAUUACAAUCGGGGGACAAGUUUUCAGUUGCUGCCCAGAUGUGGGAAUAAAGAGGUUGACCUUUAUUUACUGUAUCAAACUGUGACAAGACUAGGAGGCUGGAAGAAGGUAACAGAAAAUGAACAUUGGACAGAUGUGUUAGAAGAGCUUGGACUCCCUGUAGCAUGUUUAAAUGUAGACCAAGCCCUCAAAUUUAUUUAUAUCAGAUAUCUAAAUAUAUAUGAACAAAUACAUUUUCUUGGCGAGGAUCCAAAAACAGUGGACACAAGACGAGAUGAUGAAGGUCCAAUUAGAAAGAAGCAUUGUGGGUCACAAUAUAAUGUUCCUCUUACAUAUAACCAUGCCCAGCAUGACGUGGCUGGAAAUCUUCGUGCUGGGUUUGGAUUAUGUACAAAAUAUGCUAAACACAGCGACUAUGACAAAUUGGAGAAGGCACUGCUGUCAGGGCUGCCUAAUGAAGUUGACUUUGUUAUCAAUGUUUGCACAUUAUUAUCUAACGAGAGCAAACAUACACUACGUCUUGAUAAAUGUGCUGUACUCACAGAGCUUUUACUGGCUCAUAUUGGAAUAUUUAAUAAAGGGGACCUAGCUAUGGAAAAGUUAUAUGAGAACGGAUGGAGGAAAAAUUCAGAUAGAGAUUUUAUAAGGUUUUGGUUUGAUACAGUCACUGAUGUGGAAGCUAGGGAUUUGAUCUCAUUUACUCGUAAAGAUUCCAGAAAUUUAACUGGAAAGGAAGUGCUACAACUUGGUAGGAAUUUGGGAGUAGAAGACAAAGAGGGCAUUAGAAUUACACAGAUUGCUAUCAUCAUAAGAAAUCUGUCUUUUGAUGCAGACAAUAUGAAGUUUCUAGCAACCAACGAUCUUGUUUUCAGGUUCUUGUUACUAUGUUUACACUGUACAUAUGGGUCUUUACGUCAGCUGGCAUUAGAUACAUUGGGCAACCUUUCUGCACAGUUCAUACUGGAUCCAUCAGAUUCUUUCAAAUCUGAGGCUAUUCUAUCCCUUGUAGUGAAGUGUAUCACAUCCUCAGAUAAAUUUGCUGUAGUUACAGGGUUGGAGAUGGUUAGCAAGUUGAGUAAACAAGAGGAGAAUGAAUACGUGAUCUCAGAACGCCUGGACACAAAUAUAUACGAGGAGAUAGCCAAAUAUUUGACCAUAUCAGAUAUACAGUUAAUAGUUUACAGUCUAGAAGCUCUGUAUCAACUGUCAGAGAUUGGCGAGGAAACAAAUAGUAAAAUUGCUGAAGUUUCAAACACUGUUGAUACUCUAGUGUCACUGAUCACAGUAGAGGCCCAGUCAUAUGGUCCUAACUCUUUGAUUGGUAUCAAAGUUGUGGAAUAUUGUCCGCCUCCACAUCUGACGGGAGGAGUCACGGAGGGUGUACCGGCGGCUGUAGGUCCGCCUCCUGGAACAGGAACGCCUCAACCGUCACAAAGUCAACCUCCUGGGCAGCAGGGGUCAAUGAUACAUGCAAGUUCACUGAAAAAAGGUGACUCGUCUGAUGAUAAGGGAGAUAAAUCAAUACCAGAUACUCCUACCGCUCUAUCUCCUAUGGAAACUACAGCUUGUAACUGGAUGAAAGCUAACUAUGAAGUGCAUGAUUCCUCAGUUACAACCCACAUAUCCAUGUACAAAGAGUAUCUCAGCUUCUGUAAGAGAUUCCAACUUAACCAACCUCUGGCCUCCCAAGAUUUCCUCAAGUGUCUCAAAACGGUAUUCCCAAAGACGAGCAGUGCUAUGGCAGUCAAAGAGGGUGGAAGCAGGGAGAUGUGUGUUUUGGGUGUCAGAAAACGAGCCCAGCAACUUCCUUUCUCUAUCUCUUGUCCAGUUACAAAACCUGCCUGUAGUGUGAGUAUACCUCCCAGUAUCCCCUCAGUUAGACCUCUCAGCAGUGCUAUACGCUCACCUAACCUGGCUCAACGGCUGGCUUCACCUCUGCCUAGGCCAGUAAUGUCAAUGCCAGUUAGACCCCCUGUUAUGCCACGACCUCCACUCUUUAACCCAGGUGUUCCAGGGCAGCAGACAGUGCAGAGACCAGUGAACCCGUUAACAGCACCUGUACAGAAUAUCUCCAGCAAUACCAUUACUAUGCCGACAUAUGCCAACACAGGUGGAAUUCUUGCACAAGGAUUUGUCUCAAGCCAAGAGAGUAGUUGUGUAACCAGCACUGUUGUGAAUACACCCCCAUCUUCUAAAUCAAAGCCAGUAGUUGUUAAGCGUAAGGGAAGCAGCAAGAAAAAUGCUCCAAUAUUACCACGACCUGAACAGAAUGCUUCAGGCAAUCUACCGAAUAUUGUACCAAGAAUAACGCCUAGUAAUAUUAAUCAGCAAACAGUAGUUCAGCAACCAGUUAUACAAAAUGUUCAGUUCACUACUCAAGAUGUAGUGUACCAGACAGUUGACGCACAAAAUCCCGAAGCAAAAGUUAUGGUGAAAACAUUAUUAGCUAAGAAAAUACGUCAGGGUAAUGUUAUAAUUCAACAACCUGUUCAGGGAAUGAUGAAUGUUGAUUUAAGUGGCGCAGGAGAUGGUCAGACUAUUCAAUACCAAACAGGAUUUCCACAGUCCCAAACUACGUACAUUCAGUAUGCUGCACCUAGCAGUACAAUACAGACUGGUGGUCAAACUUUCAUUCAGUCUCAGCCCACAUCCCAAGUUCAAACCUACGUGGUUCAGCCUGGUGAUGUUUACGUUCAAGGUCAGAUACCAGCUUCUAGUCUUAAUACACAAAUGGUAGCUCAACAAGCACCUAUGAUGGUUGCACCUCAACAGCAAAUCCUUACUCAGUCACAGGGUAUGGUUUCCCAGCAACAAAUGGUGGUAAAUUCACAGCAACCAGUGUUUGUUUCACAGCAUCAAUUUAUGACACAGCAGCCACUCAUUCAGUCUCAAUCCAUGCCGAAUCCUCAGUUUGUAACACAGCAAGUCGUGGUACAACCACAGAUGACAGCUGAUUUGCAGACAUCUCAAAUUCCAUUACAAAUGUCAUCAUCAUCAUUAUCAUCAGCUCCAUCAAAUAUCGCAACUGCAUCAUUAUCGCUAUCAUCAGUGAAUUCAUCAACGGGAGCGGUGUAUUCUGUUAGUGCUAGUCAGUCAAAUGUUAAUUACACAGAGACAAAUAACUCCACACUGUCAAAUGGUCAGCAAUCUCUAAAUACUGGUAUUUUUGAAGAUGUUGUCAGUGACGUGCAAAAAGUUGAAAACAAUCCAAGUGAAACUGAUUCAUUGAAACCGUCCAGUGUUGAAAAUACAAACAAUUCUACCAGUAAUUUGGAAUCUGAAUCAAAACUAGAUCUCUCUUCAACUGAUGCUGUUGCAGAAAUAGAAUCUGCAGUAGGAUCAAUCAUGGACGAUGGUUCAGAGUCCCAAGAUGAGCCUGUAAUGAUAGAAAAUGACGGAAAUGAGUUAAUGUUUGAGCAAAAAUACCAAGUGAAUAGUGAGAGAGUUCAGUAUGAUAAUGUAAAUAACACUACUGAAGUGUAUGAGUCUGACGAAGCUGCCAUGGCUGUUGAACAGCUUGAACAAAUGGAGCAUUCUGGUGAAGUAGAUGAAAAUGAUCUGGUUGAAACUGUUACAAAUGAGUGUACUGAAGAAUCAAUGGAUAUUAAUGAAAGUAAUGAAGCAAUUGUUGGAAACGAUCAAAUGUUAAACGAUCAAAUAACAGAUAAUGAAGAGUGUGUUUUAAAUGGGGAUUUUAAAGAAAGUAGUGUAGAGAAAGAGGCAUUAGUUUCUGAUGCUGAAUUGAUUGCCAAGUUCAGGUCAGAAACACCAAUUAAUGUUCCAAUAGUAUCAGAGAAUGGCUUGCUUGAACAGGACUUUGAAGCAAGAAUGGCAGUUGAGAAUCUCUUAAAAGAUGUAGAAUUUAAAGUAAGUUCUACAGAUGAAGAUAGUUUAGAAGGCAAUGUGAAUGUAAUUCUGUGUCAGACUGAAAAUCCAAGCUCAGUGAAAACUACAAGUUCAGGUGGUGACAAUGAAAUUCCGCCGGUUGAAGACAGUGAAGAUAGUGUUGUGUCAGAAUCUCAAACAAUUUCAAAAACUAAUGUAGUAAAUCAUAAUGGUCCAUCUAUCACAGACAAAUCAUCAGAAAACAAUUCUCAUGUGUUACAAAAUGGCAUAGACAAUGGCGUGAGUAAACCAUUACUGAAUGGUGACAUAAGUUCUCCUGAGUGUCCUUCAGUGCCUUCCCCUGGGUUAGUAAAUGGGGGAGAAACCACAAAACUAGUCAAUGGAAUAACUGAGGAAGAUAUUGAUACCAAAUCUGUUGAUAAAAUUAUCAGAAUGAACGGAGUGGUAAAUCAUAAAGUGUCUCCUGUAUCUCCUAUAAAACAGGAGGAAACCAAAAUUGACUCUGAAAACAAUGUUGAGAAAACAGAUGAGUCAUUAGAACAAACGAUAUUAAAUAAAAGUGAGGAUAUUUUAGCACAAAGCAUGAUAGAUAGUAAUAUAGAUAAGAAUAGUGAAGACAGCAAUGAUCAGACUGAAAAGUGUGAAAGUGUUUCAAAUAAAGAUGAUAAGACAUUGUCUGAUGGGGACAUUCUGGCACGUAGUAUUUUUGAAAAUGAUAUUCAGCCAAGUGACUGUGAAAUGCCAGAACCUGAACCAACCAGUGUGACGGCAGUAGUUAAACAAAUCAUACCAAAUACCAUGUACGGCAAUAUAAUGACUGUUCAAAUUAACAAUAAUACUAUACCCAUUACAUUUACGAACAAUGCCAUUAUUUCAUCCAAAAACUCGUUAGGUAAUCAAAUUAAUGUGUGUAGUUCUCGGCACAUCCCGACACCGGAAUCAGCGCGGGACGGGGAAUUGAGUUGUGAUAGCACCACAUCAUCAACAGCUAAUUCAGACUUGAGUUCCGUAGUUAGUGAUAAACAUUCCAUAGCUGUCUCACAGUCAAAAACUAGCCAUAAAGACUCCAAGAAAUCUCUCGCCAGUCCUAAAUCUAGUGAUAGUGGUAAAAAGUCGAAAGCGAAGAAGCGUAGUCGGAGCAAAUCUGGUGGUAGUGGAUCGACUGACUCGCGACCUUCAUCUGCUACAUCACCAGCUGCUGCUUCAUCAUCACUGCCAGAGUACAUGUGUGAAUGGACUCAGUGUAAACAGUGCUUUGACAAUGCUCGUAGUGUAUUUUAUCAUGUGUGUAGUACCCAUCUGAAGACGGAGUAUGAUGGGUUGUGUAAAUGGGAAGGUUGUGAAUCAUUAGUCAGGAAAAGAUGGUCUCUCUUUACUCAUGUACAGGACCAUCAUUGUUCAGAAAGUUCUCUUCGGGUGGCUGCUCAGCGCAGAUUACAGUCAUUCCAGACUGGUCAGAAGAUAGCCGCCCCCACCAUUCCAGCAAUGGUUUAUCCUAACGAUGCAGCUAAUCAGGCCAUUAAGAGAUUCCUACCUAAACCACCAUAUCCAGAGUUCUUGGAAGGAAGAGAAGGGCCAGUCACCAAACAUAUACGUCUCACCUCAGCUCUUAUCCUACGUAACCUGGCUAAAUACUCCGCUGCUGGCAGAAGUUUACUAAAGAAACAUGAGCGAGUGAUCAGCUAUACUUGUAUGAGUGCCGUAGAAUCGUCAACAGCUCUUGCCAAAUGCCUUCACGAGAUCGUCAAAGACCAGUGACCUAUUCUUGUCUCUAAAUAAGACUGUAACCAAUGAACGUACGAUAAUCUCAGCAUCAGACUGUGUACCAGUCCGGGAUUCUGCCAGAAAGUGACCACAACCAGUCCAAAUAACCUAUUUUUGGACAAUGAAAAACUAGAGUAACAGCUUAUAAAGGUGCAGACUAAACAACCAGUAGAAGAACUUAAGUGUAACUGAUGUUAUGUGAACACUUAUCUGUUGUUAUGUUUGUCCCUGUAAUGUUAUAAUCCCUGUGGACCAGUGGUGUUGAGAAGUCAGUCAAACUUGGUUCUCUCGUUGUUUUAAACUUACAAAGCCAUUCUUAACUUGUGAAUCUGUAAUAAGUCGAGAAACUACAUUCUGUUAAAAUGAAAAAUUUAAAAGAGCUGUGUCAAAAAGAAAUAUGGUUUACGCUUUAAAUUUUUUAAUCUCCUUAAAAUACCUCAGUUGAUUAUGUACAAGCAUGUACAUUAUUUGUAUUUAAGUUUGAGAUUUCAAUUCAUAAGAUUAACAUAAUUGAUGAUAAAAGCAAUUUAUUAUUAACGGGCAAAAUAUGUUGAUAUGAAACUCUGCAAUUAUUUGUGGAGAAAUUGUGAGAUUCAUUGUAGUGGAUAUGAUAGAUUUGGGAAGUUAGAAGUCCUACUGUUUAACAAGUGUGACUGUAUUGUAGCUUAUAGAGAUACCAGUCUUAAAGAAAUGAGCCGCGUCACGACAAAACCAACAAAGUGCGUUUACGACCAGCAUGGAUCCAGACCAGCCUGCACAUCCGUGCAGUCUGAUCAGGAUCCAUGCUGUUCGCUAUCAGUUUCUCUACUUGUAAUAGAGUUGGUAAGCGAACAGCAUGGAUCCUGAUCAGACUGCGCAGAUGCGCAGGCUGGUCUUGAUCCAUGCUGGUCGCAAACCCAUUAUGUUGGUUUUGUCAUGACGCGGCUCAAAUGGCAACUUGUAGAAGUAGUUGCCACUAAAUCUCUAAAAGAGUUAAAUGUCAGGUCUACAAACUUAUAAGGUUAGGAGGACAGGUCUUUUAUCAUUUAACAUUUUCUCUUGAAUUAUUUAGUUUCAGAAUUGUUGAGAGGUAUUUGAUAGACAAGUGGUUUAUAGGUAUAUAAGUUCCAUUCUGUGUUUAAAGAUAUUAAACAAAAUGCAGAGAUUUUUGUAAAGGUAUUAUCAAUGUUUACUGACAGACUACUCUAAGACAGGUGGAAAAGUUUAUUUUUGUCCCAUACUUUAAAAGUAUUAUUUUCAAGAAAAUGAAGUGGUAGACUAUAUGUGCUUUGUGAAUAUUGACUCAAAGAUUAUAAUGUUACCUGAUUUACUCCUGAAUUUGGUAUCAAAGUUUGAUGCCAUAGAAUUCAGUAAGAUGAAUUGUGCAUUAUGAAAGUAAGAUUUCAAAUCAAAUAUCGAGGUAUUAUCUGGUAAUUUGGUUGUGGUAUUUUUUUUUUCAUUUUUUUUUUUUUUUUUUUUACUUUUUAAGUUAAAACAUGUGCUGAAAUUCAGAGGUGCUUUAUUUUUAUCUACCGCAAAAAAGGGCAAGACUUGAUGACAGAUGUUGUAUUUUUAUCAUGGUAGGCACUACUAAUUCUUAGUACAGCAGUCAGCUUGUCUAUAUUUCCGCUGGAUAAGAUAGGUGUAGUUCUAAGCUCAGGUGAAUAUUUAUGAAUGGUACAUCAUGCCGGGAAGCUGGUUUCCAUUUCCUGUAUUAUACUUUCUGAAACUAUUAGUUACUAUUGAUAUUGUUUAACCCUUUGUCUGCUGGCAGCAACUUAAGUAUUUUAUCUGCCUGCACUGCCAGCAUUUCCAAGUUGUCUGAUCGUUGUCUGCACUGUUUGCUAUUCAGUCAGAACUUAUUUUGAAAUUUUACCUAAAAAUGAUUAAUGGCUUUGUCCAGAUUGAAUGAUGGACAAGUCCAUUUUAAGAUAUUUAGCGUGGUAAAGUUUUAAUAUUUUCUAAACCCAAAUCCUGCUGAAGAUAACUAAUGGACUUUGUCUGCUCACUUUUCUUGUUUUUGGAUCUGCCUCCAGGAUUAGGGAUUGAAUGAUUUUAAAAUUGAGUGACCAACAGUAUACCAUUAGGUCAGUUCUGACCAAGGUACAUGUUAGGUCAUAAACAGAUGUCAUAUGCUGGUGUCAUUAUUACAGCAAGGCAGGUCAACCCUCAACCUGCGGGAACUGAAGUUGAUAGCCCUCCAAGCCGUUUGACCAGGCCUUACACUGUUGGUAGCCAAAUUAUUGUGAUCUUCAUUCUGAAUUCCCUUAAAUAUCAAUUGGUCUGUUCCAAAUUCAUAGCUGGACAAGUUCAUUACAAAAAUGCAGCACCGUGAAGGUAUUUUACACAAAAGCUACUCAAAACCAUUAUUAUGUACAGAUUUUUUUAUAUAUGAGAAUUGUAUCUCUGUUGUUUAGUUUAUCUUCCCUACUUUGUUAAUUAUUUAUUUUUUUUUUUGCACAAUUGUUGAACUACAUAAUACCCUACAAAAAUAAUGAAAUUGGCUUAGAAAAUUUAAGAAUUUCAUAAUUUCUAUUUUCUAUUGUAUAGUUCUCCCUCACAAGUCACGUGGAAGUGUAUCAUAAAUUACUAUGGAUAUUUAACAGUAUGAUAAAAUAUUUCUUUAAUUUUAAUGAAAUUCUAAAAUGUCUGAAGAAAACAAUCCAUAUUUUAUUGAAUUAGACAAAAAGUAAUGAAUUGUUUGCUAUAUGUUAUUAUUUAUAUUUGCUAUAGAAAAAGUGGCAUUUUAAAUAGACUUCAUGCUGGUUUUCAGCAGUGUUCAAAGGGAGAGAACUGUGGGUAACUGUUUGGACCAGUAAUGAAAAUUAUAGGUGCAAUUAUCUCCCUUGUUGAUUGCAUUAGGUUCUAGAAUAGUAUCUUUUUCUUUAGUUAACUCGAUGUUUUUUCAUCAAAUAGCAUAGAAUAGAAAUCUGUGAGUGUUUUUUUUUCACACUGAUAUGGAAAAUAUUUCCCUGUACACGCUGAGAAUAUCAUAAUUUUCACACUUUUCAGUGAGAUAUAUUUCAUAUCUACUCUAAGCAAAUACCCACUCUUAAUUAAUCAGAGAACUUAUAAAUGAUGCUUUAUACUGUAAUGCCCAAAGUGUUCAAAAUAUUUUGUGUAAAUGUAAAUUUUUGUGUACAUUUUAUACAUAUAGUGUUGUAGAGUUGUCAAAUAUGUAUAUUUUGUCUUAUUUAUUAUUAUCUUGCGAGUGAAGAAUACAAAACAAAAUGUCCUGAUUUUUAUAUUAUAGUUGCUGGAGUGUGUAUUGUGAGGAAUUAAAUGAUUCUUGCAUAAAGAAUGGCCAUCAGAUGAAAUUUAAACUUUUCUGAAAUAAACUUGAGCAGUUUCUCUAAUGAUUUUUAUAACGAAACUGAAGAAAUGAUUAAAUAUUAUUAUUCAUAGAAUUUUCGCAGAUAUUAUGUCACACAUCUUAAGUUUUAAUUAGGCAAAUUUUGAGGGGAAAAAAGAACUUUUUUUUUUUUUUUUAAAGAUGAUAUAUUAAAAUGGAAAUAUAUUUCAAAGCAAAAAGAGAAGAUAUUUUUGAUAAAUAAUUGGAUUUCUAUAUACCAAUAUAACCAGUUAAUGUUUGGAAAUCCACGAUGAUUAUAAUAAACUAAAAGUCUGAUAAAGUAUGAGUUAGUCAAUACAUAAAUUUAUAAAUACUGAAGAUGCAAUUUUUUGAAAUACAUGUGAUGAAUGAUCAAUGAGCUUAUAUCUAUGUUGCUGAAACCAAAAAAUGAUGAUGAGCUAUUGCCAACAUUAUAGCAAGGCCAGCCUGCACAUGCGGCCAGCUUUUAAUUUUCCUAUCUAUAAUUUAUUAUCAAAAAAAAAAUACUCUGGGCAGUUACAGAAAUGGACGCCGGACGUGUCCAUGUAAAGAUUAAUAAUUAAGCAGGUUAAAGGUUAAAUAUUUAAUUUUUGAGGAACUAGGCGGGAAUUGCAACAUUGAUAACUGUUUCACAGAUUUGUUGGUAAAUAUUGAAUAAAUGAAAUUCGCAAGAUCAUUUCAUAAUCAAAACCAAAUAUCCUUACUCUUUUCUUUUCUUUUUGUCAGAAAUUUCAUGAGCUUAUUAUUUUCUAUAUUUUUAUAUUAAAGUGUUAGUAAAAAAAAUGAUAUGAAUUUAGUAUUGAGGACGGUGCAAUACAGAAAAGAAAAAAAUAUAUAUAUGUUGUUAUAUGUAGCAAUGCAUGAUGGGAUAUUGUUUAUAGUGCUGACAAUGAAGUAUAUAAUGGACGAAUGAAAUGUUAUUCACUGGGUGAAAUUUCUGGAUUACAGAGGAGAAAAUACAUUAUUUACAUUUUAAAAUCGUAUAAACACAAAUUACACAAGUUUGCUUUGUAUAUUGCUUGAAAUAAAUGUGCAAUUUUUUUAUUACCUAAAUAUAGAUUUUAACAAGUCGGGGCCUUUGUACAUUUUGUAAAUUCCUUUUUUUCCUCUCCUGUUGUCAGAAAGCUGUCUACAGUUCAAAAAUGGUAGAAUGUUUUGAGAAUGUGGAGAAAUAAAAUUGAGUGCUUGUUGGUGAAUAUGAAUGCAUUAAUUGUUUAUGUGUAUCAGAAGUAAUGUCAUGUUCUCUCAAAUAUUGUCUGUGUUUACUUAAGAUAUGAUUUAUCAAGAUGUCAUACCAUAUUUCAUUGUUUUAUUUCUUGUAGAAUAGAUGUUAUGAUGACAAAAAUGUUUCUAAAUUUAGAAAAAUAAACCAAUCAUUGCAUUUACAUGAAAACACAAA